AUGACGAAGACGAGAUUCGAACUCGCGAGCGCCUUAACCACUCGGCCACUUCGCCAACAUAUGAAAGGGUAUUUUAUUGAGGUAUGCCUUGAGGAAGAUGAAUUUGGAGAUGUCGCCGAGCCGCCCGCGUCGUUCUGGAAUCUCGGCUUUUCUUUCGUGCAUCACCUGUCACGACCGUUCCAUGCAAAGUGUGGCACACUGGUCUGGCCUUCCCCCUCGGUAGCAAUACAGGUACAGCAACCAAAGAUCACCAUCUCUGCAAUACAUUCCAACAGAAAGGCAUGCACAUUUCUUUUCGCUGUCAUUAGCCAAGCAGUACGGCAUUCCGAAGCGAGUAUCCUGGACAUGUACUGUAAAAAAGUCAUUCGGGCAUCUGCGGCACAAGCCAUUAUUCGUUCGAAGAUAUAUCUCGUUGCGAAUAUGGGAGGUCCAUUCAUUCAUCUAUUGAAGAAGCUAAAGCCAAGGAGAUCCGCCCCACCUCCUAUCUCUUCUGAAUCAGAAGCAAAGCAUGGGGAAAGUCCCCCGCAAGCUGCCGUUCGACCUCAACGACAAGCAUCACCAUCAUUACGGGUGGCUUUAUUCAGACACAGGAAAUGA